CAAAAGUCAUGUUAAAGCAUUAUUUUCCCUUCAAUAAAAAUCAAAAUAUCUUCAACUGCAUUCUCUCUGUCUUAAUUCUUCUACACCUUCUCUUAGUUUUCUUGUUUCAAAAAACUCUAACCGGUAGUCCAGAUUUCCGAUCAGAGGUCAAACUCCAGUUUGGCGGAAGAUCGAUAUAGAAAAAUAAUAAUGAGUGGAGAAGGAAAGGUGGUUUGUGUAACAGGUGGUUCAGGCUACAUAGCAUCUUGGUUAGUGAAGCUACUACUUGAACGAGGUUACGCUGUCAAAGCCACUGUUCGAGACCCAAAUGAUCCCAAAAUAAAACAUUUAAGUGAAUUUGAUGGAGCUGAAGAAAGACUUCAAUUGUUCAAGGCAAACUUGUUAGAAGAAGGAUCUUUUGAUUCUGCUGUUGAUGGCUGUGUAGGUGUUUUCCACACAGCAUCCCCAUCAAUUCUCUCAGCCAGAGACCCUCAGGCAGAAAUAAUUGAUCCUGCUGUGAAGGGAACACUUAAUGUUCUUAGUUCAUGUGCAAAAGUGCAGUCUGUCAAGAGAGUCGUCAUAACAUCUUCAAUGACUGCAGUUGCAUUUAAUGGAAAUCCUCUGACCCCUGAUGUAGUGGUUGAUGAAACUUGGUUCUCAGAUCCAGCUUUUUGCAAGGAGUCAAAGUACUGGUAUCAUCCUUCCAAGACCUUAGCAGAAAAAGCUGCCUGGGAAUUUGCAAAAGAGAAUGGAAUUGACUUGGUGACAUUGCAUCCAGGAUUGGUGAUUGGUCCCUUGUUGCAGUCAACUGUCAAUGUCUCUAUACAGAUCGUUCUGGACAUCAUAAAUGGAACACAAUCAUAUCCUGGCCCUUACAGACUCGUUGAUGUUAGAGAUGUUGCGUAUGCACAUAUUCAAGCUUUUGAGGUUUCCACAGCCAGUGGUAGAUAUUUGCUGGUUGGGAAAGUUACACAUUUCAGUGAGGUUCUGAAGCUGUUGCAUGAAAUUUACCCCACUUUUCAUCUUCCUGAAAAGAAACUUGCAUCAUGGUAGAUUUGGAGAUGUGAAGUAUGAACCAACAUAACAGAUCUCUAAAGAGAGAGCAAAGAGUUUGGGCAUAAACUAUAUCCCUGUGGAGGUGAGUCUUAGGGACACUGUUGAAUGCUUCAAGGAGAAAGAUCUCCUUAAUCUCUAAGAUGCUGCUCAUUGCUGACUGGAAAUGAUGCAAAACAUUGCAAGAAGGUUUUUGAUUGUCUUCAAAACUUCAUAUGUACACACCUAUGUGAAAUUAAACUACUUACUAAGAUUAUGUAUCUAAUAAUCAGCAUUAAUUUGUGUACUUAUACUGACCUUGUUAGUAAUUGUUAUUGCACUUGGUUAUAUUGUUACUUA